AUGACAAAGCAACCUGCAGCCAAUUUCGGAACUACCGGCGUCGGCGGUCUCUCCAUCAAUGACCCCGACAAAGCCAAGCAACAACAGGUCUAUGAGUUUGUGGAGAACAUGAAACAAGACCCGGAUGGGUGGAAGAAGUCGGUCGAGUAUAUCGUCACCGGCGCCGUCAGUACCGUGGAUGAGCAUUACCUGCUCUUCCUGGUCAUCGAAGAGUUUUUGAAGAAACGGUACGCCGCCGCAAACAACGAGGACGUCCGGAUCGUCCGGGAUUUUCUCGCAUUUUGGAUGCAGAAAAUCAACGGUGACGGCUCCUACCCAGCCUACGUCGUCAACAAGCUCGCCCAGCUCUUCUCCCUGGUGUUCGCCUCGGAUUUCCCAUCGCGUUGGCCCCGCUUCAUGCAAGAAGUCUUCCUCGACAGAGGCUUCACCCAUCACCCGACCGUCCAGUUCUACCUGAAGACGCUGCUCGCCAUCGACGAGGAAGUCGUCAACCGAUAUAUGAGCCGGACCCCAGAGGAGUUCGACCGGAACACGACGAUCAAGGACGCGAUGCGUGAGCUGUGCAUCAAGGACUGCUCGGAGAGCUGGGUGUUGAUUUUGGAGCAAUGCUCGGAGCUCAGUGACCACGCCCUCGUCUUCGAGGUGGUCGCCGCCUACGUGGACUGGAUCGACCUCGAACUCGUCGCCAACGAGCGCUUCGUGCCGCUUCUGAUGAAGGGGCUGGCCAAGUCGGAAACAUCUGAGGAAGCCAUUCAAGCUGUGGAGGGCCUCGUCCAAAAAGGCAUGCCGGCCAGCAGGAAGCUUUUCCUCACCUCCGGCCUCCUCAACUUCAUCAAGACCAACAAUUUGCUGGCAAUUUCCGAGGAUAGUUUCAACGAGGAAACGGAACGAGUCGCCUGUCUCGUCUCGUCGCUUGGUCACCAGCUGGUCAACGUCAACUCGACG